GACAGCUUGCAUCUUUCAGAUCGUGCUCUCUGGAUACCAGCUCCGGGUUUGUUGGGGAGGAGGGGAAGUGUAUUUCAGUCCCCUGAGAUUGCUGUCUUGCUUGCUUGCUUUUUUUUUUUUUGGUUGGGACAAAUUCUCUCCCACCCUUAUUUUGCAAAACAUCAGAGUGGCGGAUUCUUCUCUGAAAGACUUGAUCUAACGACGCUGUGUGGGAGGAUCUAGCUCCCCGGUCCUGUGUCUGACCCCGGCUGGGGGCUGGUGUAGAUCAGAGUGGGUGAUUUGUUCUGUUUCUUCUCCUGAUGCUGUUCUGCACAUGAAAGGAGGAGCAGCUCCCGAGGAGGCAUGGCAUGAGCUGGAAGCAGCCGCUGGAGAGUGACCGUAGAAGAUGUCGAACCAGAGUACUGGUGACACCAAGCCCCCAUGUUUACCCCGGAAUGGACUAGUGAAGAUCCCCAACCAGCCCAAUGGACUUGGCUCUGCCAGCAUCACCAAAGGGACACCAGCAGUGAAAAACCGGCUGUGCCAGCCUUCUUCCGUGCCUGCUAUCAUCAGCCCAGCCUUAUCCAAUCACAGUGACCUUCCCAUACCCAGUCUGGCAUCACCACUGUCCUUGGCAACUCUGGCAGGGGUGCCGUCUCCUUCUGGCACCUCCAUGGUGGGACUGAACUUGAGUGAGGCCUCCCCGACAAAUGAGCACCCCUCCCCAGAGAGGCACCCUGACUCCCCCACGGAAAGGCAGCUUGCUGUGGAUGAGAAGAUCCUCAACCGUUUGUUCUGGUACUUUUCAGCCUGUGAGAAAUGUGUCCUGGCCCAGGUGUGUAAGGUGUGGAGGCGGGUCCUGUACCAGUCCAAGUUCUGGGUAGGCCUGACACCAGUGCUGCACACCAAAGAGCUCUACAACACCCUGCCCAGCGGUGAGAAGGAGUUUGUUAACCUCCAGGGCUUUGCUGUCCGGGGCUUUGACAGCUUUUGUCUGGUGGGGGUCUCAGACCUGGACAUUUGUGAAUUCAUUGACAACUACCCCCUGUCCAAGAAAGGGGUGAAGUCCAUGAGCCUUAAGAGAUCGACCAUCACGGAUGCAGGGCUCGAGGUGAUGCUGGAGCAGAUGCAGGGCGUGGUGCGCCUGGAGCUCUCUGGCUGCAAUGACUUCACAGAAGCCGGCCUGUGGUCAAGCCUGAACGCUCGCAUCACUUCCUUGAGCAUCAGCGACUGCAUCAAUGUGGCUGACGAUGCCAUCGCCGCCAUCUCCCAGCUGCUGCCCAACCUGACUGAGCUCAAUCUGCAGGCCUACCAUGUGACGGACACAGCCUUGGCCUACUUCACUGCCAAGCAGGGCUACACCACCCACACCCUGCGCCUCAGCUCCUGUUGGGAGAUCACCAACCAUGGGGUGGUCAACAUGGUGCACAGCCUGCCCAACCUGAGUGUGCUGAGUCUCUCUGGCUGUUCCAAGGUGACUGAUGAUGGGGUGGAGCUCGUGGCUGAGAACCUGCGGAAGCUAAGGAGCUUGGACCUGUCAUGGUGCCCUCGGAUCACUGACAUGGCCCUGGAGUAUAUCGCCUGUGACCUGCAUAAACUGGAGGAGCUCGUGCUUGACAGGUGUGUGCGGAUUACAGACACUGGACUCAGUUACUUAUCCACCAUGUCAUCCCUUAGGAGCCUGUACCUCCGCUGGUGCUGCCAGGUGCAAGACUUUGGCCUGAAGCAUCUCCUGGGCAUGAGAAGUUUGCGCCUGUUGUCUCUUGCUGGCUGCCCGCUGCUGACCACCACUGGGCUCUCAGGCCUUGUCCAACUUCAAGACCUGGAGGAGCUGGAGCUGACCAACUGUCCUGGCGCCACCCCUGAGCUGUUCAAGUAUUUCUCCCAGCACCUGCCGCACUGCAUGGUGAUCGAAUAAGCUGCCCCAACCUUUGGAGCUGUCUCCUUCAAUCCCAACCCAACACUGAUCAACCAACCAGAGUUAUCAUUUUGUUUUAAUUUUAUGUUUUGGGAGAGAUGCUAACGACGCUGUUGAUUUAAAUCACCCACCAUGUGUACAGCAAUCAAGAGUUAGUUAAUCACAUCAAUGCAUUGGAUGAGGACACCUAGAGAGAGGGAUAUAUGCUGUCUCCGUAGAGAUGGGUAUCCAUCUGUUCCAUAAGACGCAAUCUCCUGCAAGAAUCUCUCUGCAAAGUUUGUAAAUUUUCCAUGCCUCCAUCAUCACUCAUCUUCUUUGUAAUGGUCUGUCCUGAAAAAAAAAAUUAUUUAAAAAUCACAGCUAAACAAAAUACCAACGAAAAACGAGCAAACAAAACAAAGCGAAUGAAUUACCACGAUUGGAGAGUUGGGGCAGGUUGGCACGGUUUUAUGUCCUGCGUGGUGUCCCCCCUCAGUGCUGGAUCCCAUGUGGUUUCUGCCCAAUGUCUCAUGUCACAGCAGUUAGAAGUUCCUUCUGAGACCCCCACACUUCUGUGGGGCUUGGUGGUGAGUCUGGGGGAGGGGCCUAAUUGGAGCCUCUCCCCAUUCUGGAUGGUUGAAACCAGUGUUUCCAUCAUGGCAUAUGUUGGCAGGAGCUGAGCCAGAAAGCUAAGAAGAGAAGAGGAGAAUCCUGAGGGACAGAGAGACUCGAAGGAGAAAGGAUGAAAUUCCUGAUGUCGUGUGUUUGCUCUGUCUCUUAAUUACUUCAGCGGGACACUGCAGGGUCUGCCACGCUGGAGACAUUUUAAAAAAUAAACUGACCAACGCUGUGAAAGAGAAGCACGGGGCCUGUUCUGAGGCUUUUGGCAGGCCGGGUGCCUUCUGCUCCAGAAGAUGGAGCUGAUAUGUUGACCGUGAUCGUCUUGUUUUCAUUGAAAGCACGGAUCCAUGAGCAAAUUUCCUGAGACGCAAACAAACCCACUUCCCCACCCAAUCCUCUGAAAACCCAAUAACCUCAAGGUCACAUGAUCUUGGGUAGACGAUCGCCUACUGCUGUUUUCAUUUUGUUAAUAAGAUGUUCUUCUCAGAACAGCCUGCAGCCUUCGCAUGCUAGCUUGCUUCAGUCUUGUGGUAAGGUAGGUUCUGGAAUGCGCAGGGGCUGGGAGGGCCUGUGGAGCAGCCCUCUGCCCAGCUCCAGUUCUCUUCCAGUGUGAAGCUGGUGUGGCUUUGUAUCCAAUCCACAUACAUUUAUUGGAGUACAGGUUUAACUGUGGAAACUGGGAGCCUAGAGCAGCUCCCCCUCCUCCACCAGCCUGAGCCUCCUUCAUCUAUCUCCCUUCUACAGCUGCAGGCUCUAGAAGGGGUGAGAAAGCUAUGGUGUCUUACUGGGCUUGAUUUGUGUGGCAGUAUGACUUAUGCCUGGGAGCAUCUUUCCCCAGGCCCAGCUUGAGGCCAGCUCACUUCUAGGACAGAGGGAAGGCUGGCAGCAUGUCAAUCAGAACAGUCUGGGAUCCUACUAGGGCAGUGGGCCCUAAACUGUGGGGUAUGCCCCCCAGGGGGGGUGCGGAGGAACAUCCAGGGGGUGCGGCAGGGCCACUUAGCUCUGCUCUGUCCCCAGCUCAUCUCUGGCCCCACCCAGGCCCCAGCCCAGCCCUAGUCCCAGUUGCAGCCCCCAAUCCCAGCUUAGGGUUGCCAGGGUAUUCACAGAAACCAGCCUCUGCCAUUGGGGGGGGAGGUAGAGCAGCAGCUGCUGCUGGAGUCUGGAGGAGCACUCAGCAACCGCUCCAGCUAAGAGAGAUUCACCCUUGGAGUGUGGUUUACCCUCCCCUGUCCUGCCCCACUCACCCCUCCACCCCUAGAGCGUGGCUCUCUCUCCCUUGUCCUGCCCCACUCAUUCCUCACCCGUGGAACAUCGCUCCCCCUCCCAUGUCCUGCCUCACUCACCCUAUCUCCAGGGGCCCUGGACUGAGUAAGAAGGAGGAGGUGCUUUAAAAAAGUUUUGGGACCACUGUACUAGGAUCACCACCUUUUCAAAAUGCAAAAAUGGAACACAUGCAGUAGUCAUUCCGUCUUCAGUGGCCCCAGUCCCUGCUCCUCCUCUUCCCCCUGAGGCCCCACCCCCUGGGCAGGCCAGAAGCCAGAGCCAGGCAGGGGUAAGAGACACCCAGGGAGCCAGGGCUGCUGUGGGGAGCCCUGGGCCUGUGUCCCCACCCCCUUGGGGCAUGCAGUCCAGGGCAGGUAGAGGGUCUGGGACUGCCUACAGCAGCUCAGACUCCCUGGCUGGCUCUUACUACUGCCCAUCCUGGCCAGCAGUAGAGCCUCAGGGGGGAAGAGGAGGAGCAGGAGCGGGACCUCAUGGUGGGGUGGGGCUAAGGCCCAUCUCAGCCCCUCCCACUCCGGGAAGAGGCUGGCGCUGCCCCCUGAACCUCAGGCAGGGGCAGAGCAGCACUGCUGGGAAUCCAGGACAAAUGUUGUCCUGGAGUCAUUCAGCUCUGUACCGAGCCUUGAACUCUGCAUUUCAGGGCUGUACUGCCCAAUUCAGGAUGGGGGGGGUCACCCUAGAUCCUGGCUUUCCCCUUCUUGCUACUCUGCCUUCCAGACCACUUGUGGCUCCAAGGGUGAGGCUUUCCCAUGCUGUUCUAAAGGCAGCUACCACUUUGACCAGCUGGGCCCUCGCUUCAAGGAGCACUUUACAUCUCCCUGUAGCCUACCCACUGUCAGAAGCUGCCAGCAGGGUCCCCUACCCCCGAUCCAUCAGGAGGCGGCCAGGGCUCCAGUGCCUGAGCAGCACCUGGGUGCUUGGACUAUGUCCCCUGUGCAGCAGUCAGGUCCCAAUCCAGGAGGGGCAGGGGGACCUGAGCGAGGAAAGAGCGGCUGAGCUGUACUGUCCGCAGCCCAAACCAGCUCUCAUCAGCUGGGCUCUUUAGUCUUCUGGGGAUGAAAUCUCUUUUGUUUGGGGGGAAGUGAGGACCAGGGAGAGCCAUCAGCUUGUGGGGAGCCAGGCUCUCUUCUCAUCACUGCUCAUUCUAGUGCCAGUGCAUUUCUGCUCCAUUUGCUGCCUGCAGUGAGGUUGGAGGAAGCCCGCUCCCAGCUUCAUGUACUUGCACACAUUCCAUCCUGUGCAUGUCCCCCAACAGUUUGAGUUUAUGGCUUUGGAGGGAUGCCCCCUCUCCCCCCCCCGAUCAGUCACUGUCUGGGCCUCCCCUCCCCUCCAGGAAGGAAGUCGAUGGCAAUGCAGCCAGCUGGGUGGAGCUCCUGGGCUGGAGAGAGGAGCAGGUUGUUUUCUAGGGAUGCGUGGGGGAGCGUGUGAUGAAGAGAUUGGGAUUCUGUAGGGGUGGUGUCAGGAGAGUCACUCGUUCAUACCCUGUGGCUGACUCACAGUCCACGGGUGCCUUGACAGUCUCCUGUCCCAUUGUAAUCAAAAGCCAGAGCACAUCCAUCUCUUGUGGUGUGGAGAAAUGGAGUUUGCAAUGCAGGAGAAGCAGCCCCAGGACCUAAUGCCAGUGUAGAUAUUCCAGCAUCUAAAGCCAUCUCCCAGACACCAGCAGAAAAAGGCCAGGCAGUGACUGCUCUGUGUCUCUUCUCACAAGUCCUCCCAGCAUCGUCAGCACUUUCUACACUGCUUCAUGCCUGACCUCAGCCAGGGAUGGCCUGAAGGAAAGGGUGCUGACCACAGCAGUUGUUUGAAGGUUCCCGUGGUGAGACACUGUCAAUUCUAAUCUCAGUUGCUUCUUCUCAGGCUGGCAGGGCCAGGAGCUCUGUAGGAGGCAGCACACACAGCCUAAGAAGGGAAAGAAAUGCCUUGCAUUGCUCAGCAACAAUCUGCCCUGUUGCUGUUAGAAGCUCUUGUAUUGCACCAUAAACGGACAUGGCACUUUGCAAACUAGACCUGGUUCCUGCCCUAAGGUCCUUACAGUCCAGCAGUUAAUAGGUGCCCUGGUUUCAGCAUGGGGCAGUAGGUAACAGCUGCUGAUUAGGUGAAGCCAGGGUGUAAGUGGAAGGGCUUGUCAUGGAGUCUUUAUUACUAGCUGGGAUUAGUGCCCCUGGAUUCUAUGCUGUCUCUAUGACAUCCACUGCCACUCACAACAUACAUUUGGUACCAGAAACUGCAGCAGGCAGGGUGGCCUGGAUCCCAGACCACUGGGCUUUCUCAUGUGCUGAACAAAGCCAGGAGACUCUCUGCAGAUGCCAAAAAGGUUAAGGGCCCCCUUCCCGGUUCUGAAAUACACCCCCAUCCAUCUCCCCCAUAGCCUCAAUCCAGCCCCUAGCUCCUGACCAACUCUUUUCCAGCCCCACGCAGCCAGCCCCCUACCAUCCAACUCCUGCCUAGCUCUCCCUUAACCCCAAUCUAGCCCUCCUACCCGCCAGCUCUCUCAUGGUCCCCUACAGGCCCCCAGCUCCCUCCACGGUCCCCCUCAUUCCCCUCCAUGCUGAUCCAGCCCCACCAGUUCUUCCUCCAUCCUCCUUCAGUCCAGCCCUCAGUUUCCCCAGCUCUGAUCCAAUGACUCCUCCAGGCCCUUUUAGCUUCCCUGCUGCCCCCACUUCCCUGAUCUGCCCCCACAAGCCCCCCCAGCUCCUCUCUUGGUCCCCUCCAGCUCUGUUCCAACCCCCCUCCAUCCCGCAGCUCUGAGCCAGAUCCCCCAAGCUCCAUUCUGACACCACCCUUUUCAACAGUUCCAAUCCAGCCCCCUAACUCCACCCAGUUCCUAUGUAACCCCUUUAGCACCCCCUCCCCAGUUCCCCCCAACUUUCCAGCCCUAUGCAAAACAGCUGAUGCUUUUACCUUGUGCAGCAUGGAGAGUAGGGACAGUGCGUUACCCAUCUCCAUCCCCCACACUGCAAUUCCCUCAUGCCGUCUCCACACAGCCUUGCUGGCUGCUCCCACCUGGAACCCAGGGUUGUUCUGGCCGGAGGGGCUACCGCCUUUCCCCAGGUAGGAGGCAGCAGCCCCGCUCUGCCCCAGCAGCCUCUUUAGUUGUGGCCACGUAAUCUUUUGGGCCCUGGCGCAACUGCAUGACUUGCACCAUUGUAGUUACUCCACUGUUCUGCAGGUGACCCUAGAAAAAUGUGUAGGAAAGCUAAAGAAACACUUGCCUGGUGUGGAUGUGAUGGUGUGAGGAGAGGAGCUUGCCACAAAGCUGGACAAGGUACAGCUGGUCCUGAGUAGAUCUGAGCAAAUGCUGCAAAACUUUUCCAUUCCAAUUGGCUUUGAUUGUAUUGGCAUCUUUCUCAUGAGUGCUCCCGGUGUACAUGCAGACUCAGGUUUUGGAAUCAUGGAUGCUUGUGAAAAGGGCGCCUUAAGCUCACACAUUCCAACAUUUGCAAAAAUACAUCUUCAAGUCACUUUCUGCAAGCAUUUGCACUAGAGCGCUGAUAAGAUUAUGCUUAUCCAAUCAGGGAAUAGAAACAAUACCAUGUAGUUUAUUUGACCAAGCACCAGGCUUCUAAGUAAUAGAUUUUAAAAAGAGAUUUUUUUGUCACAUAAUGAAUAUAUCUGGGGAACUUGCGAUCAGUGAGCCAAAAAAUGCAUUCAAACAAAUUAGCAUAAGCUUAUUGAAUACAUUCUCUGUUACAAAUGAUUCGCUCAGCUCUGGUCCUGAGUAAGAGCCCAGCUUCUCCACAGUCCUUCCACAGAGGAGGGGAGAUGACCCACAACAACUCGGACUACAGCUCAGCUGCUCAGUAAUGAACUGGUUUAAUAGUUUCUAAUGAAUAUGUAUGGACACAGCUUUCUUAAUUUGUAAUGGACAAGAGUGAAUUGAUUUAAUAACCACUUUUUUUUAUUACAAACUUUUGUUGCCAUAAAGAUUUGUAAGCUUUAAAUUAUCUACAUUUAGGAUGACAUUUUGCAACUUCCUGCUCCGUUGGCCUCUCCUUCCCUCCCGCCCCGCUCUCAGUUACUGCAUGAUUUCUGGGGGUGUGAGAGGUAUGACGGGGGAGCCGCUAUCUUGGCUAAGCUGUAGCUUUCGUUGCUAAUUGCACUAUAGGCAGGUCCCUUGCUCAACUUGCCAAAACCACUGGUUGCACAGCCGGAGCUUUGUUCAUUUGACAUUUUCAGUCUUUCCAGUGGGGACACUGGAAAAUUCUGACCAUUCCCAGGAAAUCCACAGGGACUAACAGCUAUGCCAGCCCACCUGCUGGGAUACCCACUCCCCAGGCCUCUGAAGAGGAGUAGUUGUGGGCAUAGGCUACACAAGUCUAAGGUGCUGCUGGGCUAGGCCUGGAACCUCAGGGAUCACCCCAAGAGGCUGGUUUCUCACAGUGGUCUUCUCUAGCUGAGGAAUUCCUAGAGCUACUUCUGCUCAGUUGUAUGGUGAUGGGUACCCUCUGUUUCUUACACGAGGUCUGGAAGCUUCAGAUCCUCCUCAGAAAUAAUACUGCAGCCAAGUGCAAAGGGUCCUGAGGCAUGUUUGGAAACAAAGAGGGCCUAGUGCAGAUGAAUGAGCAAGAAAAGAGAGACUGCACUGGAGAAAGGUGAGCUAUAGAGCUGGAUCUGCAGGAGGGAGGAAGGGAGCAGGAAGACAUUAGGGAGGCUUCUCUUGCUUAGGUGCCAAUAUUUCUAGAGCUGCCCCUGCAGUCACCUGCAGAUUGAACUCACCAUGCAACUAUGGACCAUGUGAAUCCGUGCGUGUCCCCCCCCACUCCA